UCCACGUUUCUAUCACUUUCGUAUGGUAUUGCAUGGUGCUCACACCAACAGCUAGAUUACUAUAUAAAUUCUUUUGACAGUAGAAUUGGAAUUUAUACGUGAUUCACAGGAUCACUCGGACGAUCCUGAAGAAGAUAUUAUCACAAACUAAUUAAAAUUGAAAAUAAAACAAAUAAUGAAAUACAUGUGUAUACAUAUUUGACAAUUAUUUCAUUUUAUUAAAAAGAUAUAUUCUUUCAUUGUUAGUGAUUUCGAUAUCAAUCGAUCGAAAGAUAGAUCGAUAUUAUUAAUCUGAUUGUGUUAAUUAUUUAAAACAAAAAUUUGUGGUGAAGUGUAUAUACGCCAUGAAGGAUAUAUUAAUAAUUUGGAAUAGACUGACUGAACGUAGACGUUCUACAGUGAAUAAUAAUAAUAAUAAUAAUUUUACUGCUAACGGUACAAAUGAACAUGAUGAGCUAACGAUAUCGCGAAAUACAAGAAACCGGAGAAAGUCUUCGGUUUUAAUGAAUCAGUUUUUCAAUGCAACAACAACCUUACCGAUACAACAUAAUGACAGACAGAAGCAAUUACGAAGUAUUUUUAUACUAAUGGCAUUAGGAUUAAUCGGACUCGCAACAGGCUGCUUUAUUCUCGUUUGUCAACCUUACAAUUUAUUAUUCAAAUUUAAAGUCAUUUUUAGCGAGGGUGGUGAGAUAUUUGAAUUCUGGAGAAAACCUGACGUUGAUAUUUUUUUGAAAGUCUAUCUCUUCAAUAUUACUAAUCAUGAGGAAUUUUUAUCUGGGAAGGACAGCAAGCUCAAUUUCCAAGAAGUUGGACCUUACGUGUAUAAAGAACAUAUGGAGCAUGGAAACGUCAAGUUUAACAACAAUGACACUGUAUCUGUUACACCGUUUCAUCCUUUAGAAUAUGUACCGGAAAUGAGUAAUGGCACCGAACAAGAUAUUCUCAUCUUACCAAAUAUCGCUCUUCUAAGCAUAACCAAUGUGAUGAGAGAAGCAUCGUACUUUACAAGAUGGGGCUUAAAUUUAUUGAUAUUUCAAACAGACACGAAACCAUUGGUUCCAAUGACUGCUCGAGAAUUCAUGUUCGGUUACGAAUCCACUCUGGUUACUCUAGGGAAUAAACUCAUGCCAGCUUGGAUCAAAUUUGAUAAACUUGGUCUCAUCGAUAGAAUGUAUGACUUCGAUGGUGAUUAUGAGACCAUUUACACCGGGGGUGACGAUAUAAAGAUGACUGGUUUAAUCGACAAAUACAACGGAAAUAUUGAUCUUCCCUAUUGGAAAGGAAAAUGUGCGAAUAUUCAUGGUGCCAGUGAUGGAACUAAAUUUCCAACUUAUAUUCAACCUAACGAUACACUUCUUUUCUUUCGAAAAAGUCUUUGUCGCAGUGCUCACAUGACGCGAACUGGUGAAAAAGUUGUAAAAGGCUUAUAUGCUUACAAAUAUAAUUUCAUGGAGAACGAAAUGGACAAUGGUGCUUAUAACAAAGAAAACAAGUGUUUCUGCCGUGAAGAACGUUGUUUACCACCAGGUUUGAUAGAUGUAACCGCUUGUUAUUACGGUUUCCCGAUAGCAUUGUCCUUUCCACAUUUUUACAAAUCUCAUCCAUCUCUACUCGAAGCGGUAAACGGUUUGCAACCAAACGCGGAAAAACACGAAUCAUACUUUUAUAUACAACCAGAAUCAGGCUUACCGGUUGAUUUGGCUUUCCGUUUUCAAAUUAACAUGGCGUUCCAGGAAAUCGGACAUAUGGCCAGAGUAGAAAAGUUUUCUAACUUUGUUCUCCCUCUUCUUUGGUUCGAAAUAGGAAUGUAUGAAUUACCAUCGAAGAGAAACGUAUUAUUUUAUAUAUAUUUAAAUGUUUUACCAAUAUUGCAAGAAGUCGUUAUAUAUCUUCUGUUCAUUUUUGGUACAAUUUUUCUUAUUUGGAGUGUCGUUAAAAUACUUCUUUAUCGUCCGAAAGAAUCAACGGGUAAUGGUGAAUGGUUCGAAGAAGAAAUGCAAAGAAAAAGAUUACAAUUUUUAAAUGACAGAUCUUCCUUUACGAAAACGAAAGAAACAGAAAGUCAUUACAAUACUUUGCUUAAUAAUUCAGAAAACAAAGCGGCAUCCAAUACAUGAAAUGAAUUAUCAAUAAUGAAGAAAAUAAUCGUUUGAUUGUUAUCUCAUAAAAAUCGAUUUGAGAUAUAGAAAGAGGCUAUCGUUAUCAAGGAUUACAUUUAUACUUAUAUAUAAUAUAUAUUUAAUCAAAAAUUUAAUGUUCUUUCGUAACUAAAUGAAUAUGGGAAAGGAAAAUAUGUACGACAAUAAAGGUUCAAGAAUUCGAUAAUGCUAAAUAGAAGAAAGUUUUUGGUCUGCCCAUUUUUUUAAGUAAAUUAUAAAGAAAAUGGAAAAAAAUUCUAGUAAAUCAAUCUAAUUUGAUAUUCUUAUAAAUUUUAGUACAAAUCGUUUGGUUUAAUUAAUUAUGAUUGUUGAAUAAUCUUUAAUAAUUUUCAUUUAGUAUAUCAAUGAAUAAUUAAUAGUAAUUGAACUGACUUUUAUCAAGAAUAUCGUUGUAUUCCUAUUUUGAAGUAAAUACGUAUUUUAAGCAUAUUAUUACAUAUACGUUUUUGCAUUUCGUAUACAAAAUGAUUGUGAUUAAUUUUUAAAGAAGUAAAUAUGUAAAUAUGUAAAUAACAUUAUAGAAAAAGUAAGACAACUUUUACGUAACAAAAUUAAUAAUUGUUGGUGUACUUAUUGCGUAAUAGAUAAUAACACAAGGCAUUUCGACACAUGUAUAUGCGUAUACGUAAAUUAUUUUCUUAAGGUGUUAUUAUUUUUAAAAAGUAGAAAGAAAUGAUAUUUGAUAAGAAAUCAAUAAUUAUUAUGAACGACAAUUGGGGAGAGUAUUGUCGUGUCUCGUCAAAAAAAAAAUUGAUUUUUUUUUUCAUAUUCUUAUAGUUUAAAUUCUUAAAAACAGGUCUUAACAAUUUUAAAGUAAAACAUUAAAUGCGUUUCUUUCAAAGCAGCACUUUUUAAAGAAACUACUUCGAUCGACUUGCAAUUUUGCAACAGACAUAUAAAGUAUAUGUCAAGCUAUUAUUAAAUUAGCUAUUUUGUUAAUUUCUUUAAUAUUAAUAUUUUUUUAGGAUGUGAGAAAUGAAAAUUUUGUAGUAAAAAUCGAAGUUCUCUAUUUUAAGUACUGUCACUUUGUUAAUCUGUUUUUUCAAUUCCUUCCGUCCAACAAAAUGAAUAAAACAUUCUGAAUAUAACCAAAAGAAAUAUGCUCGUUUAUGAUGCCUAGACGUUUCUCUAAAAGUUCUCGGACCGUCGUAAGCACACGUCUCGCAUUCUCUUAGAACACAAAACCCGCUGACAUUUUUUUUAUACAUCUUUGUUAUUUUACUAUAUUUUGAUUCGAUGUCUUGUUCUAUUUAAAAAAAAAAAACAUCAGGGAAACAUGCAUGUCUCAAAAAGUUGUGCUGAAAUAACUUCAUUCCCCGUAAUCACUAAUAAACUUUAAUGUCUCAUACGGUGAGACAACGGAGUGCAAACGGUUAAUAUAACUGCAAAAAAAAAAAAAAAUAACACUGUAGAUUAAAACGUUUCUUUAAAUUAAAUUCCCAAAAAUUA